GGGAGGGGUAACCAUUCUACGGUCUAUCCUUCAUCUUUUUUCAUGAGAAUAGACAGCAGUCAGCUGAAAUAUAAGAUGUUCCUUUUCUAUAGAGGCAGAUAGUCUCUACUCCAUAAUAAAUACCAUACCGAUACUUCGGGGGGGUGUGAAACCCCGCAUCGCGCCUCGUGCCUCCUACCUACAUCAUGCCAUGCCUCCACCUCUCGAGCCGUACCGAUUUUCCUUGCCGAUGGUUGGAGUCCGGUAUGGUUGUUGGCACGAGGAUUUGUCGUAGAACUACCUAGUUCGUUGUUUAAAACGAUGCUCCCAAGCUAAGCAAAAUGUACCCUAGUCAAUAACGGGUGUUGGAUAUAUGGGUCUACGAAACAUCUUCUCGGCGAUAGCCUAUAACUUCAAGGCUACUCUUCAACCCUAAACCGUUCGUUUCGUUGCGCCGACUUCCUAUUAUAUCAUCGUUCUUGAAGGCACAAUGAUUCCUGUCGCAAUCGUCGGUGGCGGUCCGAUUGGUCUCGUUUCAUCGAUCCUUCUAUCGUUAAAUGGCAUUGAACAUGUCGUCUUUGAACAAUAUCCAGAUACAUCUAUACACCCAAAAGCUUGUGGUUUGAAUCAAGCGACUGUUGAAAUAUUCCACCAUAUAGGAAUUGAAGAAGAGUUCGCCAAGCAUCGCGCUCCGUUUGAUUCAGUAUCUGCAACAGCCUGGUACACAAGCUUAGGCAAAGAUAGUAUUGAAAUAGCAAGGAGAGAAGCUUGGGGCGCCGGACAACGAUCGCAAGAAUAUCAACGUAAUAGCCCCGCUCAUUACAGUAUCCUGGCCCAGAUUAGACUCGAACCCAUCCUUAAGCGUCGAGCAUUAGCCUUGAAUCCCAAGGGCUUACGGUAUCAGACAAAAGUCCUCAGUGUUAGAGAAGAGGACGAUUCCGUGAUUCUUCUUGUCCGCACUAAAGAUGGAGCUGAGGAGGAAGUUCGUGCGCAAUACGUAUUAGGUGCUGAUGGUGGCCGCGGUUUUGCACAAAGCAUCGGGAUCGAAUGGGAAGGGAAACGCGAUAUUGUGGACAUGAUGACCGUGCACUUCAAAGCUGAACUCGAGGCCGUACAUCCUGAUAAGAGCGUCUUUCUCUCUUGGCUCAUCAACCCAACGAUGAGAGGUAGUCUGGGAUCAGGAUACCUUUAUCACAUUGGAGGUUACUUUCCUAGGAGGGAGGCAAAUUCGGAGUGGGUAUUCGCCUUUCCUCGACUACCAGAAGAUCCCAAAACCUUCGAGCGCGAGGAUACUAUCAAACGAAUCCGAAGAAGUUUGGGAAUUCCCAAUCUGGAUAUUGAUCUGCUAAGCAUCAGCCACUGGUCCGUCAAUGCGAUUGUUGCAGAGUGUUACAGAAGCAAAGGCGGCAGGAUUUUUCUCGUCGGAGACGCUGCUCAUCGCAUACCUCCUUGGGGCGCUUUGGGAGCGAACUCUGGAAUACAAGAUGCUUUCAACCUCAUUUGGAAGCUUGUAUUCGCUCUCCGAUCGUCAAAUCCAAAAUCCUUCGACGGUCUCCUCGAUACAUACGAAUUCGAGAGGCAGCCUAUUGCUCGUCGCAUUGCAUCGAACAGUUUGUCAAAUAUGCUUAAUCAUGGUAAUGUCAUGGACACUGCUUUGGGAAUCUCGGCAGAUGAGGCAUGCGUAGAAGAUAAUCUCGAAGCAGUCAGGGCAUUUACUGAUCCAGAUCAUCCUCAACAUAUAAAUAAGAGGGAUGCUGUGAAAAAGGCGGCCGCGGAUCUAGACCUCGAAUUUAACGCACCCGGCAUAGAGAUUGGUUGGUUUUACCCGAGCGCAGAUAUCAAUAACGAAGGUGAUAAGACACGCCAUGAUGGGCAAGUAUUAGAAGAUGGGAAUUUCGAUAUCAUGAAUUAUCAUCCGUCCACUAUCCCAGGUCACAACUUACCACAUGCUUGGUUGAAAAAGGGUGAUAAGGAUACGUCUACACGCUACCUAAUCAGACUCGACUCGUUUGUACUGUUAGCGAAUUCAUCGCAGUGGUCACCGGCUCAGAACAAGCUUAUACACGUGGAAGUAAUCGAUGGUCAAGAAGGUUGGACGGAUCGAGACGGUGAAUGGAGUCGCUUAUGUGGUGUAGGACCCGAUGGUGCCGCUCUUGUAAGGCCGGAUGGAAUUGUCGCAUGGCGAGCGCAUGAAUGGACUCCCGGAGCAAUACGAUUACUUCCUACUAUAUUAAGUGAUAUCUUAAAACAUGGCCUUCAUGAGGUCUAGGAACGUCUAUAAUACAUCGAAUUACGUUCAGAAGGGCAUUUUAGGAUGGCUUUAAUCCACAUAAGUUGCCGGCCCUGUCCCAUUGUGACACGAAUGAGAGACCACGUCCCAGUCAGGUUCAUGGUAGAAGGUGAUUGAUGGGAUCAUAGGAGAUACAUUAGAAACACAAUGAAAAAGAAUCACUGAAGAGAUGUUAGAUAAAAAUCACAGUCCGAUCAAUGCUUGCAUGAUCCAGGCGGGAAACCGAUAAUAGAAGUUAGAUGUGAUUGAUGACCCUGGCUAAUGACUAUGUACUGACGGUGAUGCGGGAAAGAAGAGAUGGAAAAGUCAGCCAACACACUAGAUAUAGA